AUGGAACAAGAUUGUGGUGCGUUUGCAGCAGACUGUGUUGUCCUCUGUUGCUGCUGUGAAUGUUUUAUGCUACAAUUCUUUCUCUUCAUCUUCUUCAAGUUUCCUCGUAAACUUGCUCAGAAGAUGAAGAAGUUUGUCACCAAGAGGGUCCGAGGAAAGAAGAGAAGAGAGGAGCAUUGCAGAGGAGAGGAAGAGCAUUUGUCUGGUGAUGGGACGAGAGUUAGUUGCAUGGAAGAUAUUGAGGAGAUAUUGCAGGAACUUUCCAUGGAGGGAGAGUUUGUGUUUGGGAGUUUCUGGCAACAAGGAGACUCUACAAACGAUUUGGAUUUCAGAAACUCACUGAAAACAAUGAUCAUUCCUUGUCAUUGCUCAUCACACAAGAUGUCUUAUUCGAUUCAAGAAUCCAAAUAA